GCUCCGCCGGGCGGCCCGGCCCCGCGGCCUGCCCGCCGCCACCGCCCCGGGGCGGGGCCGGGGAGAGCCGCCCGCCAUACUGCCCGCCUCGGCGGCAGCUCCUGCCUCGUCUCCGCGGCGCUCCAGGGCACUAUGGGGUUUGUCUUCUCGAAGUCCGUGAACGACAGCCUGAAGGCGCAGCAGGAGUUCAUGCUCGUGAACUCGCGGCUCCAGCUGGAAAGGCAACUACUGAUGCAAAACCAGAUGAGAGAGAGACAAACAGCCUUGCAGAUUGCUUGGACACGGGAAUUUCUCAAAUAUUUUGGGACUUUUUUUGGACUUGCUGCUGUAGGUUUAACAGCUGGAGCAAUAAGGAAGAAGAACCCAGGAGUUUUACUGCCAAUAGUUCCCUUAAGCUUUAUAUUUGCCUAUCAGUAUGAUAUGGGCUAUGGGACACUGUUGCAAAGGAUAAAAGGUGAAGCAGAGAAUAUAUUGGACACACAGAGCAUUUUGCUAGAAUUGCCAAAAGGACCACUCACUUAUGAAGACCUGGAAAAAAUCAGAAAAUCUCAGAGCAAGUUAUUCAUAGAAAAAUAGGAAGAUGAUGUUAAAGCUUAAUAUCUGAAAUGUGAUUGUAGUACUGGUUUUGGACAUAAAUGAAUCAUUAAAAUCUUGUGGAAACUAUGAGCUUUUGUAAAAUCAAAAUAUAAUUAAAUUUUUCUUAAAAUCAGUCCUUUCUAAAGCAAUCAUUUUCAUGUUGUAUGUUUCUCUUGAAAAAUAUCCAUUGUUGAUAUAGUAUAUUCUUCUCAUUUAGAAUGAAAUCUUGAAUUUCCACUGUCUUUAGAGUCUGAAAAUAACUUUAACCUGUAGUAAAUAUGUCUGGUACUGACAAAACUCACUAUAAUCAACAAAAAUAAGUUAAUUGGUAGUUACAAAUUUGUAUAAAUACGGUCAUAGUUUUCAAAUAUAUUUAAAGAUGCACAGCUCAAUUUGAAGUCAGCAAUAGACAGCCAACUCCUUUGAAAAAUAAAACAUUUUUUAUUUGCUGUUCUUUAGGCAGUAAACUCAUCAGCUGUUUCAAAUUUUGGGAUAAACAGCUUUUAUCAGAAGUAGGUUCAGAAGCAAACACGUCACUUGCUAACUGUGUUUUACUCUUAGGAGAAACUGUAUUAAAGUAUGAGCAGAGAUAAUUUCUCAAAAAGAGGAAACAAAUUAUGUAGCUAUUUCCUGAAUCUUUUUCAUGCUUGUUUGACAUUCUGAAACUCAGGAUAAUUUGUUUACAUGAAAUCAGUUUCAUUACUAGAGAUGAAUAUUAACUCAGGCUAACAGCAAGCAAAUUUAUUAAUGUAAGUUUUUGUAAUGGGUAGAUCCAAGGGGCCUUACAAGUACUGAAAAACUGAGGGAUUUUUUGCAUGCCUUUACUUUAGCAUGUUAUAUACUGAGAAUAUAAUUUUAGUAUAUUUUAGUGUUCUGAUGCUAUACUCGGGGGAAAAAAAAUGCGUCUCUCUGUACUGGAAAUCUUGUUUAAAUACAGAAUACUUUGUGUUUUGGAUGGAAACUCUUCUAGCAUUAGUCUAAUUGUGGAAUGAAAAACAAAAGCUCAAAAAGCAUCCAAUAAUAAAUUAAGCCUGAGUCUGUACUGACAGUUUGUUGAGUUAAAAAUUAAAUUCCAGCUGGAUAUAACGCCCCCAAUCUAUUUUUGAAGAAUACUUGACUAAAACUAGAAUACAGUUAGAGCAAGACAGGUGAAUAUAUAAUAAAACGAAAGCUUCCGAUAUACCUGUGUAAGACUGAUUUCUGAAAGUGCAUUCACUUCUGCCUUCAAUCACUUCUGUAAUUGGUUCUGUCAUCUGCAUAUUAACAACGCAUAUGUAACAGAUUUAAAAUGUGAUGCAUUUUAAUGUGCAGAGUGAUAAAAUGUGUUAUAGUAACUUGUUGGGUUAGAAUAUCUUUGUCACACUUCAGUUGUUUAGGGUUUAAGGCAGUGAUUUUAACUGUCUUGGGAGGCAUGCCUCAACUCAGCCUGUGGUGCUACCCAUGUCCUGUGAGCACAAAAUGCAGCCCAAGGCCACCUCAUGUUUUCUGCCUGUCCUAUAACAAUCCCUCACCACUUGCUGCUAUAUUAUGUACUACUCUUAGGACAUGCAUAUCCCUGCUUACUUGCCUUGCUUUGAAUAACAGAUAAUCUACUACCUUUCCUCCAAGUUCUGAAGUCCACCUUGCUUUAAUUUUAAAGAAGUUGUAACAGCCUUUUAUGUUUUGAUCUUUUAUGUAUUGAUACUCUUUCUUCCCAGAAAGAAAAAUAAUUAAACCCAUUUGGUUUUGUAAUUGUAUGUCUCUACCUGGGCCUUUUAACCACCCACUUUUUAAUCCUAUGAAAGACAUUUUUACAAGAGAGCAGUUUUAACAAUCCAUACAGGAGUUUUACUUAUGAAUCCUAGAAAAUUAGGAGAUACCCUAUUCCUAUCCACUGUGAAUUAGGAAUUAAUAUCUGUGUGUUUGUGAUAGAUUGCUGGCCAUGGCCAUGGUGUUGGAUCAAAAGGUGGUGUUAAAGGAAGCAAGAAGGGUAAGCAAAAUAAUGACCCAGACAUCAGUUUUAGGAGAUAACAGGAUAUCUGCCUAUUACUCCAUCCUAGAUAAAUUUGAAUUAUUUUUUUUCUUCCCAAAGGUUAAACUUAAAUCAAUAAUGUUAAACCAUUCCAAGAUUCCACACUGAAAAGUGAUGGAAAUGGGGCAAGUUUAAUUCAGUGUUACACAGUGACUAUAAGUGAAAGUUACCAGAUUUAUAAGAGAAAAGCAUCAGGCUCUGAGCAAGACAGUCUAAUGCCAAGCCCAGAAACGGAUUUAAACAGCCUACAUAGAAUGUGGCAAAGAUCAUCAAGAAGUUAAGGGUUAGUCACCUUCACUGCCUUUAUUUUUCAUUGUUAACUUUGCUUUUUUUCUUGAUAAAUAUAUGCUUUUGUUCUCAAGAUGCUUAGUCUACGGCCAGUGUAUUAAUCAAAAUGCUUGCAUGUGCCAAGCCUGGUCAUACCUGUCACAGAGGUAUCCAGCUACAGAGUGGCUGAACUGUACAAUUUCCUUCAGAGAAUAAUGGAAGAAAGCAGAUCCUACCUUUGACAGAGUCUGCUUCAGGGUAGUAGAUGUUUACAGCACAGUUGCCCAUAAUCAUCAUACUAUAAACAAAUAAAUAAAACACCUAAAACAUCCUGCUCCCUUCUGACCCUUCUGUCAUUGAUGCUCAGCUGGCUUCAGCUGCAAAACUUUAAUAUACCACGGCAACUGUCUGUGCUUUCAUGAAUCACUGGGUAAGAGAAGGAGAAUAACUGCAGGGGGAGCUUGCUCUGACCUGAGGGUAUUACUCUUACCAGUUUAAUCUUGUUGGGUUUUUUGGUCGUAAUGUCUGGUAGCCACGUAACCUGAAUCAGUGUCACUUGGAGCAGGAUUCUUCCAGGAAAGUGAGAAGUCAGUCAUGAUUAGGAUGUCAAAAUUAAACUCUUUGUGUUCUCACUAGGAGUAUGUCUCAUUUAGAAUCCAAGAAAAUACAUGCUACUUGUGAGCCACAACUGCUUGCCCCAUACUUCUCUUAUUAAUGUUGUUCUGAUAGGAUACAUAAUUAUUGUUGAGAAACAAGCAAAGUCACUUUGGGGGGGGUCCAGUUUGGGCCCCUUCAUUCCUUGGAUGGAUGAUUUAACUUUUCAGAACCCUUCCUUACAAUAGGGGAAAGUUGAUUCUUACAGCCCCUUCCUAAACAUUUUUAAGUUACAACUACAAUUGCAUAUCUCUGCUCUUAAAAGUAGAAGGGGAAGGCACUUACAUGGACAUAUACAAAUGAAAUAAUUUCUGCAUUAUUAUUUAAUUGGGUAAUCAUUCUUGGAAUUCAUUAUAUAAAGAUGGUUGCGAUUUCUUAGUUUUUUAUCUAUUAGCUUUCUUGAAGGUGAACUGCUUUCUAAGACCCAGGAUCAUCUGAUGAAGAUAACUGGAUAACACGGGUACUUAGUCAUCAGUUAUAUGCGUGCAGUGCUACUUCACAUUUCUUGCAGAAUCCUCUCUGGUACUAAACAAACUUAAGAAAUAUUUUAAGUACAUGUUUGGACAUCUUUCAAAAACUAAGUAGUUAUUGCAGCAUUGAACUGCAUGAAUUUGAAAUCAAGUCUCUGAAAAAAGACUAAUGAAGUCUGUGCAUUUUGGUCCUAGUCUGAUCUACUGUGUAGACUGUCUGACAUUUUACAUGUGAAUAAGCCUUUCAUUCAAGGUAUUCAAGGCUAUCAAGAUACUGGUAAAAGUUAUGAUUUUCAUGAAACAUCCUUUACCCUCUAUAAACUUCAAUUGCUAUUGGCCAACGGAUUCAAAAUUUAGUGCAAGGGUGAGAAAAAAGACAAAAUACUUGCAUUGAGACAAUACACUAGAUGUACCUAUCUUGCAAGAUCCUACAGAUCACAAAUGGAAUUUCAUUUCUUUGCUCUGCUGCUCUGUACUUCUUUAUAAUACAAACAGUAAGAACGUGGAUAGUUACUUCAGAUUGGUUGUAUUAUUUAUUUUCUUCUGCAUGUAAUAGUUUUGAAUAAAAGUAGUUUUUCUAGCUAUGAUAAACAGAUAAACAAGCCUACCCUCUGAUUUGAUUUAAAUCCAUGACAAAUUAUCGAGAGAUUGACAAUUACGUUUCUCUGUAUAAAAUCCUGUAUGAUUUAAAGUUAUAUGACUAACAUAGUAAGUUUCUUUAUAACCUGCUAUUCAAAUCACAGUAGAUUCAGUCAAAAGCCUUAGAUGUAAAGGCAAUGUUGUUAAAAUAUGGCUGGAGGAAAAAUACGCAGCAAUAUACCCCACUAGUGAAACUGCAUUAAGCAUAGUAACAUUAAGCAAUGUCAAACUACUGCCAGCUCAUUCAGAUAUGAUCCUUAAUAAAACUCAUUAACUCACUGCCA